CCCCACUUUGCUUACUGGUUAAUCCUCUUCAUUCGGUCCAGCGCAGCAACUCCACUCCAAUCCGAGGAAAGCCCGAAAAGCGUGAAAGAGGAAAAGUCGUGGGGGCUGUCGGAUGGAGCGUCCUGUAGCGCACCACCACGCGCCUCCACUUCCCCAAAAGGGCGAGGGCGGGCGGAAUGCUGCCGCUUUUUGCACAGCUCGUAUCGAGAGUUGAAUCCCAACCCGCCUUUUGAAUCUCUCUCUCUCUUCUCUCGUCAUGCGCCUUCUUCUACAGGGAGAGAUAUGAUUGGUCGGUCCUCCUCGGCUGGUGCUGGUGCUGGUGCUGGUGCCGGUGCUGGUGCUGGUGCCGAUCUUAGGGGCAUAAAAAUCAACCGUCCGUCAUGGUCCUCGAGCGUUCCGAAUUUCCCCCAAAUUGACGACCCUUUUGCCUCCCUCUCCCUCUCCCUCUCCCUCUCCCUCUGUUCUCCGCAUUUCUUGUCUCCCCUGACCUAGCGCUCCUCCUUGGUGUGCGGCGCACUCGCUCGGAUUUGGCGGCGAUUCGAAAUGCGGAUCGACUGUUGAUGUUGAUUCUCGGCUUCUCUUUCCGGGGCUGUGGUGAUCUCAGGAUGGUUAGGUGUGCUGCGGGAUACUCACUGAAUCUGAUGGAUAACCUCUUUCGAUAUCUUGUGGUUGGAUUCUUGUGGGUUCCAUUCAGGACUGUACUUGUGAGGGGUCUCUGUGGUUUUGUGGAUUGACUGAUCGCUGCUCGAAGAAUCCUGUGUUUGCUUUGAUUUGUUUCGUGAGCAUGUUAGGAAGAUCUUUUCUCUAACUUGAUUUAGAAGCACAAGCUGGAGUUAAGACAGCCGAAAGUGAAAUUUGUGGGAGAAGCUCUUUUAAAAGCACUGUCAAUGGACAGCCAGAGUCCAUGGACAAAAAUGAACAGCCAUCAUCCAUCGACAUUGUUGUCCAUGGACUCUGGCUUUUUGUCUCACGAUGAAUUGGAGAGAGAGAUACAUGGCUCGAUCAUCCAUGGUGGACCACCUGAUAUCAAUCUCCCUUUGUCAUCAAGGCCUAGUCCGCCUCCUGUAGCUUGGAACAACCCCUGUGAUAUUUUAGAUGUUGGUUUGGGAACCCAAAUUUGUGAAACAGAGAUGACUGUUAAUAUCCCAAAAGUGGGGCGUAAAAGCAACAAGCGCAUUGAUAGUGUGUGGGGCGCCUGGUUUUUCUUUAGUUUCUACUUCAAGCCCGUGUUGAAUGAAAAGUCCAAGUCCAAAAUAGUUAAGGACCGUAAUGGUGUGUCCAGCUUUGAGAAAUCAGACUUGCACCUCGAUGCUUUCUUGGUUCAGCAUGAUAUGGAAAACAUUUACAUGUGGGUUUUUAAGGAAAGGCCUGAAAAUGCUCUUGGCAAGAUGCAGCUGAGAAGUUAUAUGAAUGGGCAUAGUCGGCAAGGGGAGCGUCCAUUUCCCUUUAGUGUGGAUAGGGGUUUUGUACGUUCUCACAGGAUGCAGAGGAAGCACUACCGCGGCCUCUCCAAUCCCCAGUGUGUUCAUGGGAUUGAAAUUGUUCGGACACCCAAACUUGCGGGUCUUGAUGAGCGAGAGCUGAAGAGGUGGAUGGAAUUGACUGGCAGAGAUGUAAACUUUUCCAUUCCUAUGGAAGCUAGUGACUUCAGUUCCUGGAGAAAUCUUUCAAGCACUGAUUUUGAGCUUGAGCGGCCACUCCCUUCGUCAAAGAGCAACACAAAUCACCACUCUAGGAAGUUGCUCAAUGGCUGUGGUUUAAAUCUGUCUACCCAGCCAUCGGACCAUAGUAAUGGUGAUGUAGUGGAUCUGUCGCCCGUUCGCAACAAAAGGAAGAAAGACUAUUCUCCAAAUGGAAAUAGUGAUGACUUAAAUUUAUCAAAUGGUUCUCAUUCUGACAGAGGUUUGGAUCUGAAAAUUUACUCGGUUGAGCCAUCGUGGUUUAAUGAAUUUACUGGGGUCAUGAAGAAUGUCUGUGGCCCUGCUACAGCAGCGAAAACGAUAUAUGAAGAUGAUGAAGGGUUUCUGAUCAUUGUUAGCUUGCCUUUCGUAGAUCUUCAUAGGGUAAAAGUUACAUGGAAGAACAUUAAUUCACAUGGGAUUGUGAAGAUAUCCUGUGUUAGUACAGCUUGCAUACCUUUUAUAUCAAGACACAAGAGGACCUUUAAGCUAACAGAUCCAACACCGGAGCACUGCCCUCCAGGAGAGUUCAUUAGAGAGAUUCCCCUCCCAGCCCGUAUUCCAGAAGAUGCUAAGUUGGAAGCAUAUUGUGAUGAGACAGGGACAUUGCUUGAGAUCAUUGUACCCAAGCAUCAUUCAGGACCUGAAGAACAUGAGGUUCGUGUAUGCUUCCAGCCCCUCCACUUGGAGUGAUUGACCUGUGGUCAGCCCAGAGGAGGGAUUAGCACAUGUCCGGUUUGGCAUUAUUGUGGUUGCUGCUUCGUUGUUAACUUAGAUAAUUUCAUAGUAGACAUAUAGAUUGAAGUCUGUACUGUCUCUGGACGAUGUGCUUGUCUUUGUACUUCUUUAAUUAUCGAUUCUCAACUCCCAUCGCCUGACGCAUUCUUUUAUGUGAAUAUUUUGUUGAGACAGUGAUGGGGCAAAUUCAUUUCCCACCUGGUGAGAAGGUGGUUCCAGGCGCUUCUUAA